AAAAAGGACUGCCAAGCUAUGAGUAUUUGCCUUUUACUGUUUCAUUCAGUUCUGCUUAAUUAGUGUGUGUGUGUGUGUGAUGCAUGAUAAGCUGCUUUUUGAUGCAUUACUAUGUUGACUAGCCCCAUACUUGAUACCAUUAUAUCAACCCCACCACGUACCCCCCUCCCCUCCCCUUUCUCACUACCACCACCUUCUCCAUCCUUCUCUCUAUGCUUAUUUUCUUCUUCUUUGGCUUGGCGCUCUCUCUCUCUCUCACUGUAUAUCACAAUUAGGGUUUAAUAAUCCUACUCAAAAAUCUUUCUUCUCCAAUGGGUUUUUGUCUGCUUUCUCAUCUUCCAUAUACCAUCACAGGAAGAGCAUGAUGUGAGUAGUGAUGAUGAUCAUAUCAUAUAUAUCCUAAGAUGAACAUGUUUGGGACGAUUGAAAGAUGUUGCUGAAAAUCGAUUGCCUCGAGUUCUUUCUAGUUAGAAAAGAGCACAACAGAACACUCGUUCGUUAGAAGUAGUACGAGAUUUUUGUGCAGUUCUGCAAAAUGAAGUUUAUGAAAAUCGGGACUAGGCCAGAUACCUUUUUCACUGAAGAUGCUACUAGGACAAUGGUUUCGGACAUGCCAAGUGACCUCACUAUUCUGAUCAACAACAUUAGGUUUCUUCUUCAUAAGUUUCCGCUUCUUCCCAAGUGUGGGCUCCUACAGCGCCUCUGCUCGAACGCUGAAGAUUCUGGCAAUGUUGUCGUGGAGCUGCACGACAUUCCAGGGGGGGAAGUGGCGUUUGAGUUGUGCGCGAAGUUCUGCUAUGGCAUCACCAUCAAUGUAAGUGCUCAGAAUUUCGUGGCAGCGUUUUGUGCUGCGAAAUUCCUUCGGAUGACAGAUGUGUUUGAGAAAGGAAACCUUGUUCCGAAACUCGAGGCGUUCUUCACUUCGUGCAUUCUUGAAGGCUGGAAGGACUCCAUUCUCGCGCUGCAGACGACUGAGAAGCUAGCUGAGUGGGCAGAGAAUCUUGGGGUAAUGCGAAAAUGUAUUGAUUCCAUUGUAGAGAAGAUUUUGAGUCCUCCUGUUAAGGUUAGGUGGUCUUAUACAUACACGAGACCGGGCUAUGAUCAAAGGCGGCGCCAGCAAUCAGUGCCUAAGGAUUGGUGGACCGAGGACUUAUCUGAGCUAAGUAUAGACCACUUCAGGUGCAUAAUCUCCACGGUUAAGUCCACAAACGCGUUGCAGCCCCAGCUCAUAGGGGAGGCGUUGCACGUCUAUGCGUGUCGUUGGCUGCCCGACGUUACAAAGGCUCUGCUGCCUCUAGCAAGUUCAAGUAGCAGCAGCGCGCAAUCUCUAGACAGGAAGCAGCGCGUUCUCGAAACAAUUGUGAGCCUGAUUCCAACCGAUGCAGGGUCUGUUUCUGUCGGGUUCCUGCUGAGGCUCCUCAGCACUGCAAACCACUUAGGAGCGUCCCCGGUUACAAAGGCGGAGCUCAUUAGGCGAUCGGGCCUGCAAUUUGAGGAGGCGACGCUAAAUGAUCUGCUGUUGCCUUCACAAGGUUCAGGCAGUGCUUGUGAUGUUGGACUGGUUGAGGUUGUUGCGGAGAGCUUUUCGAGGCAGUGGCAAAGGCAGGCUUCCGGGGAAGAAACCCGGUCGGUAAGAUCCAUCGUGAAGAUCGCGAAGCUAAUCGACUCGUAUCUACAAGUCAUUGCCAGGGACCCCAAAAUGCCUGUGGAAAAGAUGGUCUCUAUAGCUUCAGCAGUUCCAGAAAUGGCCAGGCCUGUUCAUGAUGACCUUUACAAGGCAAUCAACACUUACCUAAAGGAGCAUCCUGACCUGAGCAAAGCAGAAAAGAAGCACCUUUGCAGCAUCCUAGACUGCCAGAAACUGUCCCGGGAAGUAUGCGCCCACGCAGUGAGGAACGAGAGGCUGCCAUUGAGGACGAUUGUGCAAGUGCUGUUUUUCGAGCAAGACAGAGGAGGGAGCACAGCCACUGUGAGUAGUAAGCUCCCAUCCCCAUCCCCUAAGCAGCCUCACAACCACCAUAGCUUCAUGAAAAGAUUGAACCUUGAUUCAGACCAGCAAUCAGUCAAAACAGAUAAUAAUGACAGAAGAAAAUCAUCACAUCAUGUAAAUGUUAAAGGCAUUCCUCCCCAAAUAGAGCCCAGAAAGGAGAGGGAGAUCUUAGAAGAGGGAGUGUCGUCGGGAACCAAACCGGAUCCUCCUCGUAUACAAAGGACAAGAUAGGGUGCAUAGCUAUAACGUAAGAUCAACAUUGUAUGAGUAAAUUGGUUGUGGGGAUUUUUUUUAUCACAGAUGAUGACAAUAUCAUACAGUUUCUCAGUGAAUCAAUGUUUCCUUUUCGUAUAA